CACAAACGCAGCUGGGUAUGGAACCAAUUCUUUGUCCUGGAGGAGUACACAGGUGAAGAACCGCUGUAUGUUGGCAAGCUCCACUCGGACGUAGACAAAGGGGACGGCAAAGUGAAGUACGUGCUCUCCGGGGAGGGCUCCACCUCCAUCUUCACCAUCGACGAGAACACGGGGGACAUCCACGCCACUAAGCGUUUGGACCGGGAGGAGCAGGCCUAUUACACCCUGCAGGCCCAGGCCGUGGACCGGCUCACUAACAUCCCUGUGGAGCCCAGGUCAGAGUUUGUUGUCAAGGUCCAGGACAUCAAUGACAACGAGCCCAAGUUUCUGGAUGGACCCUACAUGGCCGGGGUACCAGAGAUGUCAGCACUGGGCGUCGUCCGGACGGCACUGCCCAACAUGGACCGAGAGGUGAAGGACCAGUACGUGUUGGUCAUCCAGGCUAAAGACAUGGUGGGCCAGAUGGGCGGCCUCUCCGGCACUACCUCUGUCACGGUCACCCUCACUGACGUCAAUGACAACCCGCCACGCUUCUCUCGUAAGAACUAUCAGUACAUGGUGCUGGAGUCCUUGCCCGUGGCGUCCGUGGUGGCCAGGGUCAAGGCUCUGGACAAUGACAUAGGCCCCAAUGCAGAGAUGGAGUAUAGGAUCAUGGAGGACGGACCUGGGGUGUUCAACAUCACCACAGACGAGGACACGCAAGAGGGCGUCAUCAUCCUUCAAAAGCCUUUAGACUUUGAGACCAAGAACAGCUUUAACCUGCGAAUUGAAGCCACCAAUCGGAAUAUCGACCCUGCGUUUGUGCACCUGGGUUCGUUCAGCGACACCACGUCGGUCAAGGUGACGGUGGAGGACGUGAACGAGCCGCCUGUGUUCUCCACACAGCUUAGCAAGAUGGUGGUCUCCGAGGACGCCAGAGUGGGCCUCUCCAUCGGGAGGGUCUCCGCUCACGACCCUGACUCCUCCAACAGUGCCAUCAGGUACUCCAUAGACAGAAACACAGACCUGGAGCGUUUCUUCAACGUGGAUGCUCUGAGUGGGGUCAUAAGCACAGCCAAACCCCUGGAUCGAGAGGUCAACUCUGUCCACAACCUCACUAUCCUUGCUAUGGAAAGCCAUGAUCCAACCCAGGUUGGAAAAGGUUUUGCUGUCAUUACAGUGCUGGACAUCAAUGACAACCCUCCGGUAUUUGCCAUCGAGUAUGAGACCCUCUUGUGUGAGAAUGCCGCUCCUGGACAGGUCAUCCAGACUAUCAGCGCUGUGGACAAGGAUGAGCCUCCCAGUGGUCAUCGCUUUUACUUUGCCCUGCCUCCAUCUGUGGCCGGCAACUCCAACUUCACUCUCCGAGACAACAAAGACAACACGGCGUCCAUUGUAACGAAACGUGGAGGAUUCCGAAGACGGGAGCAGGUGCUGUACCGACUGCCCGUGUUGAUCGUAGACAGUGGAAGCCCCGCGCUCAGUAGCACCAACACCCUAUCAGUGAGCGUGUGUGACUGUGACUCGGACGGCGUAGCCCAAUCAUGUGGGGCGGUGGCGUACACACUUCCUGCUGGCCUCAGUACAGGGGCCCUUGUCGCUAUUCUGGGCUGCAUCAUUACACUCCUAGUGAUGGUGCUGCUGAUUGUGUCGAUGCGUCGGAGGAAGAAGGAGCCCUUGAUCCUGGAGGAGGAGAGGGACGUGAGGGAGAACAUCGUCCGCUACGACGAUGAAGGUGGAGGAGAGGAGGACACUGAGGCCUUCGACAUGGUGGCCCUCCGCAACCUCAACGUCAUCAGAGACCCCAAGGUCCGACGAGACGUCACCCCUGACACCCCCACCUUCUUCCCCUACCCGAGAUCCUCCUCCUCGGUUCCCGUCUACAAGACCCUGCCGGACAACGUGGUGUUCCGAGAGUUCAUUUGGGACCGUCUGAAGGACGCAGAUGUUGAUCCAUCAGCUCCGCCGUAUGACUCUUUGCAGACGUACGCCUUUGAGGGGAAUGGUUCUGUAGCUGAGUCGUUAAGCUCCCUGGAGUCACUAAGUACAGACUCAGAGCAGAACUACGACUAUCUCAGCAACUGGGGGCCGCGCUUCAAAAAGCUAGCCGACCUGUACGGCGACGGCAAAAGCGUGUUCUCAUAG